AUGUUCGGUAUGCUCGACUUUGGCCUGGCCAAGGUCUUCGCCGUAAAGGAAGAACAGUACCUGCUAGCCCCAGUGACGAUAAAACCCAAGUUUAACGCGCUCCGCCCCGCCCCGCCGCCGCCAGCGCCGGUCGCGCUGCGCCCGCCCUCGCCGGAGGAGGAGCUAGAGGAGCCGCAGUACACUGACAACCCGGAGGACUUUUACGAUUAUCUCGAGGACGCCGAGCCAGAGGACACGAUUUCAGAGCCCUCGUCGAGCGCAACGAGUGUGCAGGAUUUCCCGGCGCAACAAGCCCACGUCAAGUUCAAACUCCUCAACCACUCCCCCGUGCCGCUGCACUCCCGCGUCGACUCCUACUCAAACCCGUACCUCUCCGACCUGCGCUGCAUCGACGGGGCAGUCGACGAGGGCGGGUUCGGCGGGUCGCGCGACCCCGACCAGCGGAUAUGGAUUCUGGGCGUGUACGACGGGUAUAUUACGCGUGCUGUUGGCUUGGAGGCCGUCGUGCGCGUGUUUAAAGAGCGCCUAGUGGACCACGGGACAGUGUAUUUCGGCUGGCGCGACGACAACCGCGCAAUCUUUGACAUCUUCUUCAACAUCCUCCCCGCGUUCACACUGCGCACGCUCGACAUCCGCUUCCCGGACCCGGCGUACGUGCCUGCGUCUUUACUUUCCUUCCUGUCCGGGCACCGCGCAAACGGCCUCCAGAGCAUCUACGCGACGGGCGUACACUCGUCCCCGCGCCUGCUGGAGAACCUCUCAAGCGCUCUGAUUGAGGGCCAGGGAACGCCAAAGCGCAUCUGUUUCGGCUGGUGCGGCGAGCUCACAGACGACCACGGAUGCCCAGGCCACCGGCCGCCGUGGUCGUGCGCGCGCAUCGCCGAGCGCGUAGAGGACGCCGUGGCUACCAACUUCAUGCAGCAGUCGUCCGUGCGCGAGGCGUUCAAGGACUCGUUUGUCGUCGCCCAGGUCAUCCUGCUCGCCCGCCCCGGGCCGUUCGUGCCGAAGCCAAUCCACAGGGCGCCGUCCACCCCGCCCCGCGCCGUCUCCUCCGGCACUGGCGUCGGCGUCGGUGCCCCGCCGCCCACGCCGCCGAUCACGCCCGACGGGCCGAGGCGGACAAAGUCGGUGCGGUGGCGUAUCGGCGCCGACAUGCGCCGCGUGCCCGCGCGCCCCAUGUCCAUGGCGGGCGGGACGGUCGCGCCGCUGACCCCAACCACGUCCAACUCGUCGGCGAGCAGCGGCGGCUCGGUCCGCUCGCUGGGCCUGACGCGCGAGCUGACGCUCCCGUCGUCGUCGAACGGCUCGGUACGCUCAGCGUCCAUCCGGAGUAACGCCCAGCGCGUGCCGCCCCGCCCGCGCCGUCGCGCGCCAGCGUCCCUCGCUACCCUGCCCCGCGCGCUCCAGAUCCGCAUCAUCAAGACGGCCGCCGACGCCCCCGACGACCUCCAGCCCUCCCAGUGGGCGCGCUUGCUCGAAAUCGCUGGCGAUAGGGAGUAUCUUGGCCACCGGACCCGCGACAUCGCCGAGCGCGAGGCCAAGGGAGACGAGUUUGCAGAGCUCAUGACGGAGUGGAUGACUUCGGCCGGGUUCUAA